GUCUCGCUUCCACCUCCCAAUGCCCCCCCAGCUGCUGCUGCUUGUCGUCCUAGUCUCUCAUUUCCAACUUCAAUCUUACUUGCGCACACGACCUUCCCUCGGAAAUUCCAGCUAUAACUAGCCCUCCUCUUGCCCCGCCCUCCCCCCAUUAGCCCUUGCUUGCUCCGUGCAACCUUGAGAGCUGUGUUCUUGGACUCUUUGGAUCCAAGGCCACCUUCUGCUCGGACACUUGCAGCUUCCUUUUGCCAAUCCUCGCCAGUCGAUGCUCUUUUCUCGCCCUCCAAUUCGCCUUGCUUGGUCUUCAGCUUUUCGAUCGGCUUGCAAGUUACCCCUCCCCCGUUCCAGGCUCUUUUCCAGCUCCGCCCCGCGCUUUAUCGCCGACAUGGAAACCGUAGACACCUCUGAGCGCCUGACAAGGUUAAGGCAGUUGAUGCAGGAGCACAGGGUUGAUGUAUACAUCGUCCCUUCGGAAGAUAGCCACCAGUCCGAAUACAUUGCCCCAUGUGAUGGCCGUCGAGAAUUCAUCUCGGGUUUCUCCGGAUCAGCAGGAACAGCAAUCGUGUCCAUGUCAAAGGCAGCACUCUCUACAGAUGGUAGAUACUUCAACCAGGCUUCUAAGCAGCUUGACGGCAACUGGGCGCUCUUGAAGCGGGGUGUUGAGGGUGUUCCAACCUGGCAGGAAUGGACUACCGAACAGGCCGAGGGAGGAAAAAUCGUUGGUGUCGACCCGGCUCUGAUCACACCCGCGGGCGCCCGUAGUCUUUCAGAGACUCUGAAGAAGAAUGGAUCAUCACUAGUGGGUGUCGAGCAAAGCCUAGUUGAUCUGGUUUGGGGUAAAGACAGACCGGCUCCUCCAAGGGAAGUGGUGAGAGUUCACUCAGCGAAGUAUGCGGGCAAGAGCUUCCAAGACAAAAUUAGCGACCUGCGCAAGGAGCUGGAAAACAAGAAGGCAGCCGGCUUUGUUAUAUCCAUGUUGGACGAGAUCGCGUGGCUGUUCAACCUGAGAGGUUCUGACAUCCCAUACAACCCGGUCUUCUUCUCAUACGCUCUUAUCACGCCCACUACCGUCGACCUCUAUGUCGAUGACGAUAAGCUGACGCCGGAGGUGAAAGCUCACCUUGGCCAGGAUGUCGUCAUUAAGCCAUAUGGCUCUAUCUUCGCAGACGUUAAAGCGCUCAGCGAAGCGCGCAAGCAAGAUGCAACUGGAGCAGCCCCUAAGUUCCUCCUGUCGAACAAGGCUUCAUGGGCUCUUAGCCUUAGCCUGGGAGGCGAAGAGCAGGUCGAGGAAGUUCGCAGCCCUAUCGGUGAUGCUAAAGCCAUCAAGAAUGAUGCGGAACUUGCGGGAAUGCGGGCCUGUCAUAUUCGCGAUGGCGCGGCCUUGAUCGAGUACUUCGCCUGGCUCGAAAACGAGUUAAUCAACAAGAAGACAACUUUGGAUGAGGUGGAUGCGGCGGAUAAGCUGGAACAGAUCAGAUCCAAACAUGAUCUCUAUGCCGGCCUGUCCUUCGAUACUAUCUCCUCCACAGGUCCUAAUGGAGCCGUCAUUCAUUACAAGCCUGAGAAAGGAAGCUGCUCUAUCAUUGACCCCACCGCCAUCUAUCUCUGCGAUUCUGGCGCCCAGUAUCUGGAUGGCACUACUGAUGUGACUAGGACGUUCCAUUUUGGACAUCCUACUGAGCUGGAGAAGAAAGCCUUCACCCUGGUUCUCAAAGGUCUCAUUGCUAUUGACACUGCAGUGUUCCCUAAAGGCACUAGUGGAUUUGCGCUUGAUGCGCUUGCCAGACAGUUUUUGUGGAAGGAGGGCCUUGACUAUCUCCACGGAACGGGACACGGAAUUGGCUCUUAUCUGAAUGUGCAUGAGGGUCCCAUUGGCAUCGGCACCCGUGUCCAAUACACAGAAGUUCCGAUCGCUCCAGGCAACGUUAUCUCUGACGAGCCUGGAUUUUACGAGGACGGAAAAUUUGGCAUUCGCAUUGAGAAUGUUAUUAUGGCACGUGAAGUGCAAACCACUCACAAGUUCGGUGAAAAGCCAUGGCUGGGCUUCGAGCAUGUCACAAUGGCUCCGGUGGGCCGCAAUCUGAUUGACGCAUCCCUCCUCGGCGACCAUGAAAUCAAGUGGGUGAAUGACUACCACGCAGAGGUUCAGUACUCUGGUAUGAGUGGCAGAAAUCCAUACGCGACCGGAUACGGGUAUUCCGACACCAACCGCUAUGAGCGCAGUGAUGGCGGAUAUGGCAACAGCAAUAAUCUGGGGGUAAACGGUUAUGGAGGAGCGGGCGGAGGAGGGAGUGGGGAAAGGGAGCGUCGCCCAGGUGGAUACGGUGGCUUCUAUCCAGAGGCAUCACAAUCAUCGUUGUCCCCAGGCCAGUCACCAGAAGGGCGACGUGAAAGAUGGGAUAGGGACGGCGAACAUUCGUCGUCGCGAUCCCGCACAAGGGAUGGAGAGGCAGAUAGGAAAGCACUAGGCUCACGGGAAGGUCGCGCUCGAGGAGAUAGUAGCUGGCUAGGGAGCAACAGCAGCGGCGAGAAUGUCACCGGUCAUGCGGCAGGUCCCCAGGCCAUUGAAGACGUACUGCAAAUGGUCCAGCGGGAAUGGGACUUCGUGGCCUCCGACAACUGCAUCCCGGUAGAAGUAGCUUUGCAACUGAUGGAUACCAGCACUCUGGGAAAGGCAGACCGUGAGCCGGAUUUCAUUAGUAUAAAUGACAAAAUCCAGAAGACAUUGAAGUCGGUUGUUAAUGAGCAUCACCAGGGUUUCAACAGUUCCAUUGGUACCUAUCAUAAGAUUCAGACGAGUAUACAGAGCUCACAGAGUCGCGUUCGCAACCUGAAGGUCUCACUAGAAGAGGCGAAAUCCGGGUUACUAUCGACUAAACCCGAGCUCAAUGGACUAGCCACGUCAUCUCAGAAGUACGACGACAUAAUUCAGUUGUUCAGCCAAAUACAAGAGAUCCAAUCUCUUCCUGAAAGGCUAGAAUCCCGGAUAUCGGACAAGAGAUUUCUUGCGGCAGUUGAAGUACUGCAUAAUGCCUUGCGACUUCUGCGGCGCUCUGAAUUAGAGAACAUUGGGGCCCUCGCAGACAUUCGUGCUUACUUUGGGAAUCAAGAAGCUUCUCUCACCGAUAUACUGAUUGAGGAGCUGCACGAUCACCUCUACCUUAAAUCCCCCUAUUGCUCAAGUCGGUGGAAACCACCGACAGCUGAUGGGGAAGGAAAUGGAGCCGAUCCGUCCAGUUGGGCUGGGACGAGCUCAUGGGAGAGACCUGUGUAUGCAUUCCUUGGUAAAUUGGACGCGUCCACGCCCAUGGUCGAAGAUGCUUCGCGGAAUCCGGAGGCCGACACAUUUUACUAUAUACAAUUACUGAUAGAAGCUCUGAACAAAAUGGGACAUCUGGACAUUGCAGUCGAUCGGAUAGAGCAACGCCUUCCUGUUGAACUGUUUGCAGUUGUUGACAAAACGAACGCCGAGGUCGAUGCAAGGCAUCCAAAUUUGACCCGUGGUUUUGCUUCACAAGAUAGCAAGACAAACCUCCCGACAGAGAUUAUCGAGAAACGUGGCCAUGUAUUAUCCGAAUACUUGUGGACCUUGUAUGCCAAGUUCGAGGCUAUUGCUGAAGGACAUCGUGUCUUGCACGACGUGAUUGCAGCUAUCGUGGAACGCGAAGGCAUACCAAAGGGCAAUGCGCUCGCGGGUGGCUUCAAGGAGCUUUGGAAGCUCUAUCAAAGCGAGAUCCGGUCCCUUAUGCAUGACUACCUUGCUACUGAUGGGGAGUCAUCAUUCAGGCCCAGGUUAGAAGAAGCUGAGGCGAAACGUCAACUUUAUACAGGUCAAAGAGACAAGAACAAGAAAAUGUUCAAACUAUCCGAUACGGAUCAUACCUCCGAAAUCCAGGCAGAGCAAAACGAGCUGGACGAGAUCCUCAGGUCUUCUGUUCCCGGAUUGGUCACCAAAUCAAGCCAGAAAACCGCUGCCAUUGAUCCAUCCGAGUCCAGGCAAGGGAACUCGGGAACCGGGCAUAAGAUUCUCAUUGAACCGAGCGUUUUCAACAUGAGCCUUCUUCUUCCGCCUUCGCUAUCCUUCAUUCAACGACUGAAGGAAAUUGUACCCGCGGACUCCGAUAUUGCCAUGAGUACACUGACAUCUUUCUUGGAUGACUUCUUGGUCAAUGUCUUCCUCCCUCAACUAGAUGAAACUGUGACGGACCUCUGUACUCUAAGCUUUAUCUCGCCAGACGCUUUUACAGAGGACCCUCAGUGGUCUGCAGUAUCGCCUCGGCCGGUCUUCAGGGGUACGGUCAAAUUCAUGUCCAUCAUAAGAGAGUUCAGUAAAAUGCUGUCCAGCAUUCCUCAUGACCAAGCCUUCACCCAACUCAUCCUUUCGCAAAUUGUAACAUACUAUGACAAGUGUUGCGGAUGGUACAAAGCAAUUGUGACCAAAAUAUCUCCUCGGGACAACAGGGAAGUCCGGCUGAAGGCCGCUGCGCGAUUUGCGGAAUCGGGCGACAUUCAUGAUAUUAUUACUGACCUAUGGAAUGGGGUCUCUGGGAGUAAGCGGGAGCUUGUAGACAAGGAAACCGAGUUUCUGCUCAAAGCCACGGAAGAAGAACCACUGGAGCCAUACGACAUCAUAUCCGAUCCGAAGACAGUCGUGUCUCUGUCUCUUCUAUUCAACAGCAUGCAAUGGUUUGCAAGCCAUCUUGCACAGCUGCGUCAGAUCACGCAGCCAGCCUCUGACUCGCGGCAGGCUGAAAAUCGGCCAGCCAACCGCCGCUGGACUCUGAUCGGUGCCAUGAAACCCAAGUGUGAGGGUGUCAACCAACCGGUAUAUCUUCCUUUGAACCAGGAAACAGCUACUGUGUUCGACACCACUCUUCAGUCACUGCGCAAUUUCGCAUGCACUGCUCUCUUCGCCCUGCACGUCGACAUCCGCUGCGGCGUCAUUCACAUGCUGAAGCGGACAAUGGCAGGCCCGAAAGCCCGGAAUCCGCGGGCCUCUGAACCCACUACGCCAUCGCCAAACUCUGUCACCAAUUGGUGGCAUAUUCUCUCGAAUCAGCCGACUGCCGCAUCUCCUACGGUACUUGAGCUGAACAAUGACCUGAUCGCAUUCGACACCAAUAUCUCGUCCUAUCUGGGACCACCUGAGCGAUGGUUCAUCACUUCUGGGCUCGCCAGAUUUAUUGACCAAAUAUUCGUCGCAAACACCUGUCAUAUCGGGGCUAUGAACGAGAACGGCGCGCUCCGGCUUCAAUUGGACGUCCUGGUUUUGCAACAGAACUUGAAGAACAUCAUCCUAGAUCCGACGGAGAAUGCAAGCAAAGAGGUCAAUUCUAACAUGCAGGAAAACAGUGGGCAGCCCGAGGUUGUUGCUCUUCCUCGUAGCGCCAAGUUUCUCGAUUGGUUCCUGGAAGGGGCGGAAAAAGCCUUGGACUACGCGAAAGACGAGAAGGAAUCGUUCGCAGCCCAUGGAGACCAAGCGCUGGCCGCUGGCAAUGGCGAGCCCUUCACGUAUGAUGAGCUUAAGGUCCUCAUUGACCUCUGCUUCUCAGACGCCCUGCUAGGCCCUCGAGGUGCAGAAAACCGGGAAGAGUUCAUGGCUGCCAAGAAAGCCAGCGCCGACGCGCUGUUGAGAUUAAAUGAGGUGAUGUGGGAUUCCAAGUGA